AAAGAAUAUUACUACAACGGCGUUAGAAUAUGAAUAUUUAUAAUGAUACAAAUUAAACCAGAGAACCCCGCAAGCUUAACUCUGACAGGAUAAUGAUACUUAGGCGACAUCUGUAGGAAACAGUUUUGUGUGUUUUUAAAUUAAAGUUUCCAUGACAGUGUUGAAGGACAUGCGCCGACAUUAAACAAUAACAAAUUGAGUUGGGUAAAAGGAUAUAGUAUAUUUGUUAAGCGUAAAAUGGAAAAUAUUUAAUGGACAAGAGAAAAACACAUCCGAUGAUAUCGUAAUAGUUACAUUUAAACUACGGAAAUACACCAGCUAGCUUUUAUAUCAAAAAUGCGUGAAACCUAUGGACCAGACUUUGACGAUCGUCUCAUACGGUUGGUACGCGACAAUCCGGCUAUUUAUGAUAUCAACCAUGAGCACUAUAGACGUUAUCAAAUCAGAGUAGCUAUUUGGGAAAGGAUUGCAUCCGAGAUGCGUACACCAUCAAAAUUUCUUCAAACAAAAUGGAAAAACAUACGAUACAACUACUUGCAAGAACUUAAAAGUUUGGAAACGGGUUUGGCCAAUGCGAAUAUCAGAAAACGACGGUUUACUGAAGACCUAUCCUUUUUGCGAAAUACUGCACAAACUUAUAAAAAGGUCACACACAUUAACUCAUCAUAUAACAGCUCUGAUAAUGACAGUAACAGCUACAUGUAUACGGACCCUCAGAAUACUAACACCUUUGAAAUAAUUGAAAUCGAACAUAGUGAUGAUGGCACCACAGCUUUGGAAUACGCUGAGGCUGAUUAUAGUGGGUCACUCACCGAUGUUAUGCAUCACCACCAAAUUUUUGACGGUGAGAUUGUUUCAACGCCAACGGUUAAUGAUUGCUACGGCAACCAAUUACUGACUGAAUUCAACAUCCCAACUAAACUUGAGAAAUCUAAAGAGACAGAACCAGACGUCACAAUUGAAAAGAGAAAUAAAAAAAGGUCGCGAAAGGCAAGCGCUACAAUUGAAAAUGAUAGUGCUAACAUGCAAGCUCCAUCAACGCCAACACAUUCAAAUUAUUCCAGACCUUCGACUCCAAUGUUAACACCAAUCGUUGUCAUGGGUAAAGAAGAAAAACUGUUAACUAAUGGUGAGCUAACAUUAAAACCUGUAGCAACGCAAGCAAAAUCAAAGCGACAUCCUGCCGAAAUAACGUCCGGCGCCGCAAAGCGGAAAUCUAUGCCGGCACCUUUUCCAGUGCUAACACCGAUCAAUGAUCCAAUUGAACUGUACUGUCUCUCACUAGUAGAUAGUCUACGCAACAUGCCACGUGCAGAACGAGAGCGUGUUAAAUUCGAAUUCGCUAAAAUUCUUAAGGACGCAAAGUACAAAGAUCAAAGUUAGUUAAUAAUUAGCAUUACUUUCUAUUACGUUUAAAAGGAAUUGCCGAUAAUCCAGCUGUAUUUGACAUACUCAAUAUACUUGUAACAUCUGCAUUUUUUAAUAUAAUUUAAACAUUCAUUCCAUUGUUUUGAAUGCAGUGGUAAUCACACAACCCCUUAUACUUUGUCAUCAAAUCCAAAACAUUAGCACUAAGUUCCAAAUAAAAUUAUAUGUCGUUACGUCUUGAAAUAA